GUCAAUGACGAUGGAUAUAUUUUUGAUUAUUGUCUGUGUCAAGUGUGUUAAGGAUAUUAAGGAAUGAUCGAUGGCUAGAGUGGGUAUCAAUGAAAUAAAAUAUAAAUAUAACAAAUAAAGAUUUCUUUAGUUGGAGAAAUAGCGUUGAGUAAAGACCAUCUACAAUAUUUACUGUUAUAAAAGACCAAGAUGCAGCUCGGCUUACCUUUCAAACUCCUUGUAGCUGUUCUCUUUAUAUCCACUAUAUCUGGACAAGAUUUCCUUAGAGAGUAUUGUAAAAAAAAUGUAAAAGCUACAGGGUUUCGAUAUUACAGGAUUCUCGGCUAUUGUAACUUAUUUGUACAGUGUAACACUAGUAAUCCACAAUUAGAGACUUGUGCCUCGGGUACAUUUUUUGAUGACAAUGCUUGUAAACAUGCGUCUUCUGUGCAAUGCCCAGAUGAUCCUUGUAAAAGUUUAACAGAUGGUACCCGUUUCUCUGAUAAUGGUAACUGUUUUGGUUAUUAUGAAUGUCGUCAAUCUAAAGCUUAUUAUGAACACUGUCCAGUCGGCGAUGCAUUUAAUGUAACAGAUUGUGUAGCUGAUACAACUUGUGAACAUCCUGGAGUGACCGCUGCCGCAGUAACCGAAGCUCAACCAGCCUGUCCAAAUUUGCAGGUUAACCUCAAUGAUGCAACAUCUUACAUUUCUGUCGAUAUCUCGGGCACACAUCAUGUAAUGAAUUGCCCUCCUGGUCUCGUAUUUAUAAAAACGUCUUGUGGAUGCAGAUGGCCUGAUUCAACGCAGACAGCUUAUAGUAAUGCACCAGAACACUGCAAUGCUUUAUUUCUGUUUCCCUUCAAUGGCGAUUUUACCGAGUCUAAGAAACGGGUUUAUAUGCAACCACAUGGAGCUGUAUAUGUAGCUGAUGAUAGGGCUUAUUUUGAGGAUGGUGGUCAAAUUUUGGUACCAUAUUUACAAAAUGUGGAAUUGGGUUCUAAUUUUGCUCUAGGAUUCACAUUUAAUUAUACCGGAAACUCUUUAAAUACCAAUGACGUUUCACUGUUAUCCAAUGAGAAUCCAGGUGUUGGUUUCAGCUACCGAGCAGUGUUUAAUCCAGCAGCACAAGAAAUUCGAGUUUUUCUGUUGUUAACAGACAGUACAGUAGUGUCAAUGGUUGCUCAUAAUGUGGAUCCGCUUCUAGAACAUCAAAUUAGAGUGGGGAAAGCAGGGGAUAUAAGCAAAUUACAGAUUGAUAACCAGCAACUUGUUACAGAGAGAGCUGUUGGUGGCGUAGCUGCUGUGGCAAGCCCUCUUAUACUCGGUAAUACAUCAACGGCUGAUCCUUUUAAUGGUUAUAUAGAUGAUGUCACAUUAUUUAGAUGUCAACCAAAUCAAUUUUAUGUUUAAACAUAGCUGAAUAAAUUUGGAUCUACAAGUUUUAAAUAUAAGUUUUAUUUUUAUAAAAGUAAUUUAUCAUUUUA